UUAAUAUUAUCUCAAUAUAUGGCAUAUAGUGUACCGAAGGUGACAUGACAUCCAAACUUUAAAGACAUCGAGUAACUACCUUUACGGGCAUAGCUGUUUAAAGAGGUAAUAAUUCUGAAAGGAAAGACAGUCGAACUGCGCUUCAGAGAAUUAUUCGUAUCUCAUGAUCACAAUUUGUGUUAGUGUGUAUUAAUUGAUUUCUAUAAGAAAUAGUUUUGUUCUUAUUAUUAUGAAUGUGAUUUUGUAGAAAAACUUUUAUUGUGGAUAUUUAUAAGUAAUGUGUUAAAAUAAUCAUUGCAAAGUGUUAACUUUUCAUACUAAUUUAACUUAAUAACGUCUAUCAUGUCGUCGUGUGCAAACUGUGAGCAUGAUUUCAAAUCUAAGCCUGGGAAUAAAGGAUAUUAUCGGUAUUCAAUAGAGUCUAUUAUUCCCAAUACAAAUAAGCCUGCAAGUGAACAUUUAGGAUUGCUAGCCGGUGUUUCAAUAACACCUCAAAAGAAACGGACGGGAAAGUUCUUAUGUCCUGAUUGCUGGAGUACACUUUGCAAUACGGCUAAAUACAAAGGGGCUUAUGAGACUUUUUUCGGAGCAACUGCAUCAACGUCUUAUGUUGGAACAAAAAGAUCAUUUGGGGAAUUCACAGACGAAAGUUUGUUCGGAGCAACGGCAUCAACGUCUUCUGUCGCGUUGAAAGGGUCAUUUGGCGAAUCCAUAGAAAUUCCACGUACACCUUUCAAAAGACCACGUUUUACCAGUACGCCAUUAAAGGUAUGUCACGUACUUGUAUCCCAUUGCUGCCACCACAAAAAGUAGCCCUUUACUGCGUUAGUCACGGAAUAGAAAUAUGAUGAUAAUUACUACAAAAUCAGUUUUAAACGAACAAAACAUGUAAAUUAUUACUUAUAUCUUGGAUUUUUUUUUUAAAUUUUAAUUUUUUAAUUUUUAAUUAUUUCAAUUUCAUUAAGAAAGCAAUAUUUAGUAUGAUUAUUUCUGCGUUUUUAAAAAACAUAAGUGAAUAAUGUAUAUGUAGAAAAAAUGAUUCGUGAAGUAUGGAUGAAUAAUGAAACAGUUUACAAAUUUUGAAUUUGAAAUGUCUGGUUUGUUAGCUUCAUUUUUUUUCGACGCAGACGAAAUGUCCUUUACAUCAUUUCAGCGUGGUAAGGCUGUGAGAACAAGCUUUGGUCAGCCGACCUCCAAAUGGGAAACCAUUAUUACAGCUAUCCGAGCAAGGCAAUACAGGCGAGCAAUAACAAAUUUAUGCAAUGCUACUGCCGGAACGAAGCGGCAUUUUAAUGAAGUUGUUAUGAGAAAAGUUAGAUCGGAAGUUAAAACACUUCUAGAAUUACCAGCGGAUACAUUUUCCUUGAAUAAAUCAGUAGAUUUACAAAGUAUUGGUGAUUUUUCAUGGGAAAAAACUUUGAAUGCUGCUAAAAAGCAUGCCCCUGUGUUGUAUUCUUCAUUAGUUGGCUCAGUUACGAAUGUGCAAAAUAAAGAAACACUCACGAGAGGGAAAAAUGUGAACCUCAAACCGCGAUUGGGAUCAGCUUUAGCUAUUUUAUUGCAUGCUCGCGCUCCUCAGAAAUGCCACAUCCUUCAAACCAUUUUCUCCAUUCAAAUGUGGAGAGGAAGGCUUAAAAGGGAGACUAUCAAACAAUUCAGUCACUUAGGCUUAUGUGCUGGUUACGAAAGGACCCUUAAGGCAAUAGAUGCAAUAAGAGAAAAUUUCGACAAAGCUGCAGUCAGGUUAAAAGAAAAUAUCGAAAAGUCAAUGAAGGAACAGAAGCAAGUUGCUGAAGUUGCAAGUGAAGACUUAGAUCUAUCUUUUGCACUUUCUGAAGGUGUUCCAAACAUUGAAGACUUAACGUUUGAUGAUACAAUCUUGUAUUCAGACGACAAUGAAAAAGAUUCAUUGAGCUCUUGUGAAGAAGGGGAGAGUGAAGUGGAGGAUAUAACUGACAUAGAAGGUACAGGAGAAAGAGGAGGAGAAGAAGAAGAAGAUGAAGAAGAAGAUGAAGAAGAAGAAGAUGAAGAAGAAGUGGUAGUGGAGUUGGAUGAAAAUGAAGACAUCGGAGAAGAAUUUCAUGAGGAAGAAAUUGAGAUGGAGAUUCAGGAGGCAGAUGAAUUUGUUUCAAAUCAGCCUACAAAUAUAGCAAACGAUGCACCCCCCGGUUUCACAAUGUGCUGGGACAAUGUUGGGAAGAAGGUCAUAACGAGACGACCAACAGAAAAUGUAAAAAAUAAAUACAUAAACAUGGCAUUAGGCUAUAUGGCCCUAAAUAGGACAUCACUGAAAGACAUCGAUAAAGUUCAAGAUGAUACAACUGUUUUAGCCUCAGAAAUACCUGUGACUACUUUUUUACCAAGCACUGAGGAUGAACAAGUUCUUCACAAUAGAAUGAAAAUUAUCGUAGGUAGAAUGAUAGUCCGUCAUUUUAAAUGGUUUCAGGAAAGUUUCAGUAACAACAUAACACACCAUAUCGUCCAUGAACAUUCAUUGCGGUCAACUCAGAAAAGCUUGUUGAUAAAUUUAGGAGUUUUCAAUGAAGACCCAUCAUCAACACAAGGAGCUAUUGGCAUAUAUGAAGCACUUCAGCGGUAUAUACCCACAGUUGACGACAAGCCAGUCACUGCUAUUGUCUAUGGCGAUGGACUUAGUUGUGAACGUGGGAAUGACGCGCGAAAAGCUCGAGCAAACGGGUUAAAUCCGUGCGAACGAUUAGAAGGACUUGAACCGGGAGUGCAAGAGUUCCAUAAGGAGAUGUUGCUGCUGCAAGAUUUUUACGACACUUUUUACAAAGGCAGUAGUGCGUCAGAUCGAGGCACACUAUGCCAUCUGAAGAAUCUAUUCAAUUUUAGACAGGUUAAAGGCGACAUAUCUGACAAUUUUUCACAUGCAUGGGAACUGAUGUCAACACUUGUUGAAGGAUAUGUGUGCCUACUGCUCAUGGAACUUAAAGAUAUUAAUGAUACAAGUAGCCGUCCCGCAGAUGCACCAUUACAGAUAGAAGACCAGUCUCAUGAUGUGAAACAAGUUUACUUCGACGACGUAUGUUCCAGUAUCGUUGAAAAAGUAUGGCAAAAUCUUGAUACUGAUACCUUGAAGGAACAUGCUGACGACCAAGAUUUUGUGGUAUGUUGUGGAACAGAAAUGGAUGACGAUCUGAUUGGUUGCGAAAGUCGCAGUAAUUGCAUUGGGGGUGAAUACUUUCAUUAUUCCUGUGUUGAUAUAGACCCGGAAAAUGUUACGUAUCCAUGGUAUUGUUCUGAUCAAUGCCGAAAUCAGCCAAGACAACCCUAUCAAUAUUGUAAUUGCAAAACAGAUCUAGGAACAGAUGAGCCGAUGAUUGGUUGUGAUGGUGAUCCAAGAUGUUUAAAAUAUGACUGGUACCAUAUGCGAUGUGUUGGUAUUGAUCCUGAGAAACCACCAAAAGGUAAAUGGUACUGUAGUGAUCAAUGUCGGCCAAAACGUAAGAGAUCGGGAUCUAAGUCGAAAACACGCGUUAGUCCAAAUGUUUCUAGAAAAGACCACAAACAUCUAUACAGCACUGCAUGCUUAUGGUAUGGAUUAAAUAUGCUAUGUCGUCGGGAUGCAGUGCGUGAAGCGGAUGGAAAUGCCAUGAUGUCUUUUUGGAAAUAUGACUUGGUCCAUUUCUUUGGCAAUAAACAUCCAAAGUAUACUAUACUCGCUCACAGACUGAUCGCUUCUACAAACGGAUGGUUAACGGAAAGGCUUAAAUAUGAUAUCAUUCACAACCGCACUGUAAACUACAGCGGUGGAAUUGGCCGUAAUCUACCAAUGGAUUUUAUGAAUGAAAUCUUAAACAGGCUUUUUAAAGAUCUGUUGGAGUCUGCCAAAGGUCGUUAUACAGACCUUACAAUACAAAGGUGCAGCCAAAUCAUAGGACCUCUUGGCGAGGCAUUAGACUCCAUUUUUGAUGUCAAUAUUGUUCAACAGGAAGUCUACAGGCAUCGUUAUAGAGCGGUCAAUCGUGACGAAAAUGUUUUAAGGUUAAUACAAUUUUUGGCUGAUGAAAAUAUUUUCAAAAUAGUUCCUGGACGGAAGCAUAAUGCUUUUCCAGAUUACGACAUAAAUAUUAACCCAGGGAAACCAGAAGCAUUUGCUGCUAAAGUCAUACAGUUAUCUAAACGUUUAGACAAGUUGAAGUCUGUAGUUCUGGACGAAUAAGAAUGACGAAUGAUCAUUAUAUCAGUAAGUGAAAAUUUUGAAUGAGAAUAGUCUCGCUCACAUUCCCAUACACAAAACGCAUUGUAACCAGCCUUUACAUGAGAAUGUUAACUAAUUUCAAUAAUUUACAACUGUUUGCCGACGCGAAAAUAAUAUUGUUUCUGGGUUAUGUGAAUGAGAAUAGUCUCGCUCACAUAUGA